AUGAUCGCUUGGAUUUUCAGGUUUUAUCACAAUUUAAAGAACAAAGAUAAAAACCUCACUCCUGAUGUCUCAGUUGAUGAAUUGGAGAAUGCUGAAAAGGCACUUUGUAGAUUGGUACAGAAAGAAUCAUUUACAGGCAUAAACGAUCCCGCUUUUCGUGCGCUGAGACCAAUCGUAGACCAAAAUGGAAUUUUAAGAGCCAAAACGAACGUCCUACAGCGUCAAGAUAAUGAAAAUUUCCGAUAUCCUAUCAUUUUACCUUCAAAACAUAUUCUUGUUGAGAGACUAAUUUACGAGAAACAUCUAGAAGAACUCCAGCAUGCUCGUGUCAGCACUUUAAUGACAAAUCAUAGAGAAAACUUUUGGAUAUUAAAAUCCAGGAAAAGUAUUCGAAAUAUUAUCAGAAAAUGUGUAAAAUGUAAAAGAUUUGUUACACAAAGAGUGGAAGUCGAGCCAGGAUUUCCACCCGAAGACCGAGCCAAAGAAGGGGCGAGGGCGACUUUUGAAGUCGUCGGAGAAGAUCUAGCGGGUCCUUUCUAUCUCCGUGAGGGGUCUAAAGCGUGGAUAGUCUUGUAUACGUGUGCCAUUUAUAGAGCUAUUCACCUCGAACUAAUUACUUCUCUAUCUACAGAAACUUUCAUCCAAUCUUUACGUAGAUUCAUUGCCAGAAGAGGUAGACCUUAUGUGAUAUAUUCCGACAACGGAACUAAUUUUGUAGGGACUAACAGUGUUCUUAAGAAAGUUAAUUGGGAACGCCAUAUGUUCAGCUGCUUCUAUCCAAAGGAUACGAUGGAAGUUCAACCCUCCGACCGCCGCCUGGUUGGGGAGGUUGGUGGGAGAGGCUUGUGCGAAUGGUGA